UCUUCCAGGCUGUCCUCUGCCUGCUGUCCCUAGGAGCGGCGAUCUGCGGGGAAGUAGGCACAGGGCUAGGGGCAGGCAAGGACCCCGGCCGAGAGGGGAUGGCUAGACCCUUUUGACUCUGGAGGCCGGACCCUGCCCUGGCUGCAAGAGUUCGUUCUCCCUGUGGCUUUGGAGGAACCUUGGUGGUCCUGGACUCCGUGUGGCUGUGGUGGAGGCGGACGUGGUGCAGUCAGAGAGGCCACAGCCACCAGGGCUUUAAGAACCAGGAUCCCCGUAGGGUGGGCAGGCUGCAAAGAGCAGUGACUCCUGGAGGCCUGGCCUACGAGUCCGAACCCCUGGGCUACUUAGCGACCUUGGUGAGGAUGCUCGGCUCACCCAGAGGCAACCAAAUGCCAAUGACAGUGGAACACAGCUGACACCGGGCCACAAAUAGCCUCUCGCCUGACCGGUGUCUGCUCCCAUGGGAGCUGUUUUUAGAAGGAAGAUGGAAAGUGGCACAGUUUUGCUGGAAUCCAAAUCUUCACCACUGAACCUUCUGCAUGAGAUGCAUGAGCUCCAACUUUUGGGCCAUCUGUGUGACGUUACAGUAAGUGUAGAGUAUCAGGGUGUCCGUGAAGACUUCAUGGCCCAUAAAGCAGUGUUGGCAGCCACCAGCAAGUUUUUUAAGGAAGUGUUCCUGAAUGAGAAGAACGCAGAUGGUACCAGGACUAAUGUCUGCUUAAAAGAAGUUCAUGUUGUUGACUUUGCUUCCUUUCUGGAGUUCGUCUAUACUGCCAGGGUACAGGUAGAAGAAGAUCGUGUGCAGCGGAUGCUAGAAGUGGCUGAAAAGCUAAAGUGUUUGGACCUGUCUGAAACAUGCUUUCAGCUAAAGAAGCAGAUGCUAGAGUCUGUUCUUUUGGAAUUGCAGAAUUUCUCUGAUUCUCAGCAGGUGGAGACCAGUAGUGGCCCCCAGGUGAGUGUGACCCCCAGCUCCAAAGCAACUGUACCAGAGGAGGAUGCUCACUCCAAUGGCCUUGUGGAGUCCCUUGACUACCCAAUAGAGAGCUUUGGCAAUGGCCUCUCACCAGAAAUGCCAUCCAAGAAGUGCAAGGAGAAACUGGACAAGAAGAAAGAUGUGGCUAAGCCUCCCUACCCUAAAAUCAGAAGAGCUAGUGGGAGGCUGGCAGGAAAGAAGGUGUUUGUGGAAAUCCCUAAAAAGAAAUAUACAAGAAGGCUCCGAGAACAGCAGAGAAGUGCCGAGGAAGCUGCAGAGAAUAACAGGUGUCCCCAGGACCAAAGCCCAGACAAUGAGAAGAUGGAGACAGAGCCAGCUUCCAAAAGUGAGGCUUGCCCUGCUAGUGUGGAACUGGAGGAAGGCAUGCAGAAAAGGGAUGGAGAGAAGGAGGAAGAAGAAGGGAAGGAUGGGGAGAAGAAGAAGAAUAACUUCCAGUGCACAGUCUGUGAGAAGUCCUUCCUCUAUGAAAAGAGUUUUCUGAAACAUGUUAAGUACCACCAUGGUGUGGCCACCGAGGUGGUGUACCGAUGUGACACCUGUGGCCAGACCUUCGCCAACCGCUGCAACCUGAAGAGUCACCAGCGCCAUGUGCACAGCAGUGAGCGCCACUUCCCUUGCGAAAUGUGUGCAAAGAAGUUCAAGCGCAAGAAGGACGUGAAGCGGCAUGUGCUUCAAGUGCAUGAGGGUGGUGGCGAGCGGCACCACUGUGACCAGUGUGGCAAGGGCUUGAGCUCCAAGACUGCCCUGAGGCUGCACGAACGCACACACACAGGCGACAAGCCCUACGGCUGCACCAAGUGUGACGCCAAGUUCUCACAGCCCUCGGCGCUCAAGACCCACAUGAGAGUUCAUACAGGGGAAAGACCUUUUGUCUGUGAUGAAUGUGGUGCAAGAUUCACUCAGAACCACAUGCUGAUUUAUCAUAAAAGGUGCCACACAGGUGAAAGGCCUUUUAUGUGUGAGACAUGUGGCAAGAGUUUUGCUUCUAAGGAGUACUUAAAACAUCAUAAUAGAAUCCACACUGGAUCUAAACCCUUUAAAUGUGAAGUGUGUUUUCGGACCUUUGCCCAGCGGAAUUCCCUUUACCAGCAUGCUAAAGUCCACACAGGAGAGCGGCCUUAUUGUUGUGACCAGUGUGGGAAGCAAUUUACUCAAAUAAAUGCGCUCCAGCGCCACCAUCGCAUCCACACGGGAGAGAAGCCAUACAUGUGCAAUGCGUGUGGACGGACGUUCACGGACAAGUCCACUCUCCGGAGGCACACCUCAAUACACGAUAAGAAUACGCCAUGGAAGUCUUUCCUUGUCAUUGUAGAUGGCUCACUCAAGAAUGAUGAAGGGCAUAAGACAGAACAACCUGAUGAUGAAUAUGCAUCACCCAAACUUUCAGAUAGAUUACUAUCUUUUGGUGAAAAUAGCCAUUUUAACAACCUACUGGAAGUUCAAGGUAAUGUGCCUGCCAUGCAGGAGAACAGUUCUACAGACACUGCUUGCAAAGCAGUGGUGUCUCAGGAUGCUCUGCUUACCACUACCAUCAGUGAGCUUGGUGAGCUGACCCCACAGACAGGCGCAAUGCCUGCACACCUUCCCUCGCUGGCCAACAUGGAGUGAGAACUUGAAGUUGUGUGUCAAGCAGAGUGUGUGACUAUUGUAUUUCAGGUGAUGCCAGGGGCUCAGAAAAGAAACUUGUCUGUGCAAAGAUGUAAGCUAGCCUAGCCUUGCAGAUUUCCCCAAAAUCCAUGACCUUGCACGUCUAUAUCACACUUAAAGCUUUCCUGUUAACACUCUGAUCUGCAUGAUCUCAGCUACAUCUAUCUCCUCAGCAAACAUGGCAGUUAGCAUAGCUUGUUUAACCCUGGUGUGGCCAUACAUGUCAAUCACACUAAUGCUUGAUCCUCUUGAUGUCUAAACCACUGCUUGUCUUAAUCACAGGUACUCAGCAUUGACCUAACUUGGGAAAGUGUUAUUUGUGUCUCCUGGUCUCACCCUGCCUUAUACUUCCAUGUGUGUUUACUUCACUCUGGUCCUUUUAGGGCAUUUUUUCUACAGUUAAAGUACAUUUGGGACCACUUAUUUUAUUUUCAGCUCUUUGAAAGCAAGUAAGAUUUGUUCUGGGGACCCUAGAAUGGAAUUGAAGGAAGCAGAUGAUUCCAUUUGUUGCUCCCCAGCCCCCUUUUUGGAGGCAUGAAAAGAAGAAAAUGGCAGAUGGAACAUUUUCAGUGUAGUAUCUUAGCAUGAGUACAGGUAAGGCGUCUGUCAUGAAAUUCAACCUGGAAUGAGUUGUGGCUGUUCAGUUCAUUCCCUAAAUCAGAUUAAGUCAAAGCUGUCCUACCAAAGAAUCUAGCAACCAGUUGUCCCUUUUGCAGAAGUAUAAGCAAUGAAGUGGCGGUGUCAGAGCAUUUGAUCACAUUUUCACCAACAGCACAAUGAAUGAGUCUGGCAAACCUCGAAUACUUCUGCCUUUUUUAUAAUGUCCAAAGUCCCCGAAGCACUCACUUCCACAGUGGAAGGUGACACAGACUAGUAUCUGCUACAGGUUGACCUCGUUAGGAGCAUGUAAGAAUCUAGAGCAGUUGUUCUCAAUGAACUUUCACAGGGGUUGCCUAAGACCACCAGAAAACAGGUAUUUAAUUACGAUUCAUAACAGUAGCAAAAUUAGUUAUGAAGUAGCAACGAAAAUAACUUUAUGGUUGGGGUCACCACAACAUGAACAACUGUAUCAAAGAAUGUCAGCAUUAGGAAAGUUGAGAACCAUUGAUGUAGAGGGGACCGGAAGCCUUGGCACGCUCAACUUCUAUGCCUUAAAAAGUGGAUCGUAAAGAACCAGGAAUGUCUCAAAUGUUCCUUUGGCUUUCUCAUGCUGGAUUUAAUUACUGCUCAGCAAACUUCAGAUGAAAAAUGCAUUUUUUUGGCAUUUGCUAUUUCUGAUGUUGAAGGCGUUGGGUAUGUGUACAUGUGCCACCUGUGACCCUUAAACAUUAAGAAUGCCUUAAAGGAAGAAUUCUUAUGCUUUCUAGUUGCUUUCCCUUUCUCUUUUUAACUUAGUAAAUUUGCUGUGAAAACACUCUGGUUUCCAAGAGGAAGGCACCCUAAGUUCAGGGUGAUGAGAGAUCACAUUCUGAUAGAAACUAAGGCUUCUUCCCCAGCGCUCACUUUGUGGUAACACUUUCAAGUAGCUGGUGAAGCCACCAAAGGGUGUUCCAGGUGCUGGUAAUACUUCCCACUUGCUCUUGAAGGUUCAGGGCUGAAUAAUUUACAUUUGGUUGUGACCUGGCAAUCUAGUUGUGUUUACAGACAAAAACAAACAAAGCAAAAGCCUCGUGAUUGGCACAUGACCAUUUUAAUGGGAAGAACAAACUUGCCCGCUGAUGUACUGUGUUAUGGAAUAAAGUCAUCUUGAUGAGAAGGAAUUUAAACAAUAGAUUAUUUUGUUACCUACUGGAAGAACUGUCUUGAAUUUGUUUCUUUAGAAGUUCUAAAUAAAACUGUUUAAUGUGUUAAUAAAUGUCUGCUUUGUAAAA